GCUGUUCUACGGCAGAGUCGGAUCAUACGGGGGCUGUACAAACCAUCCCUGGGACUACGUACAAUCCGAGUGUAUUUCAUUGCUUGUGGCGACAAGGCGUUUAUAUUCAUAGCUUUAGAUCAAAAACUACUGUCUACAACUUUACAUUAUGGAUAAAGUUGUCCUUGUCACUGGCGCAAACAGCGGCAUCGGCCUGGCCCUGUGCGAACGGCUGCUGAGCCAGGACAGCGGGGUCCGCUUGUGUUUAGCCUGUCGGAACUCGGGCCGGGCGGAGGCGGCCCGGUCGGCCCUGUUGACCUCUCACCCCGGCGCCCGCGUCGACCUGCUGGACCUCGACGUCGGCUCCGUGCGCUCGGUCCUCCGCGCAGCCCAAGAGGUCAAGGCCAGGUACCCUCGCCUUGAUCACCUGUACCUGAAUGCAGGCAUCAUGCCCAAUCCACAUGUGGACAUCAAAGCCUUUUUCAAGGGACUGUUCUCCAGUAAGGCCAUCCAGAUGUUCUCCACGGCCGAGGGUCUUCUGACGCAGCAGGACCGCCCCACCGCGGACGGGCUGCAGGAAGUGUUCACCACCAACCUGUUCGGUCACUUCCUGCUGGUCCGGGAGCUGGAGGUCCUGCUGUGCGGGGCGGGGCGUCCCUCCCAGGUGGUGUGGACCUCGUCCAGCAACGCACUGCGCUCGGCCUUCAGCCUGGAGGACCUGCAGCACGCCACCGGCACCGAGCCCUACAGCUCCUCCAAGUACGCCUCGGACCUGCUCAGCCUGGCUCUGAACCGGCACCACAACGCACAGGGUCUGUUCUCCUCGGUGAUCUGCCCCGGUCUGGUGAUGACCAACCUGACGUACGGCAUCCUGCCCUCCUUCUUCUGGACGCUCCUCAUGCCCAUCAUGUGGUUUAUCCGUAUCUUCACCAACACGUUAACAUUAACACCCUACAAUGGAGCAGAAGCCCUGAACUGGCUGUUUCUGCAAAAGCCUGAGUCGUUGGACGCAAGGGCCAAGUAUCACAGCAUGACGUCUGGCCUGGGGAACAACUACACCCAGCCCCGACAGAUGGACGUCGAUGAGGAAACCUCUGAGGCCUUGUACGGGAAGCUCCUGGAGCUGGAGAAGGUAAUGAGGAGGCGGAUCAGGGAGGGACCCGACCGGCUGUAGGCCCCGGGAGACGCUCUCCGCAGUACCUGUGGCCUGUGGGCGGAGCCAUAUCUGGGUGACCCCAAACACCGAGCUCUACCCGCUGCAGCCCACCAAUCCCAGGGGGGUCGUUGUGUGUCAGUUCAUUUAUUUAAAUAAAUGACUGAUUGGUGAAAUCCCUUCAACUGAAUUUAUGUCUCCAUU